AGAAACCGGGCUGGGAUGCUAGUUCCAGUUCCAGUUCCAUUACAGCCCAUUCCAAAUUGCUCCACCCUCUUAUUUUGGGACUUUGAUCCUCCUCAAUCAAUUCACAGUAAAAAAAGAAAAAAAAAAAAAAGAACAUUAAAAUAAAACAUGAGAUUCUGUAGCUUCCAUGAUCCUAUGAUGACCCCGGGUGAGUGUUGAUGAGAAAACAAAGGAUAGAGGGAGAUCUGUUUCAGUUUGAAACUUCAACAUCUCUUCGUCACAGUCUUAGUUCUUUCUGGUUUAUCUCUUCUGUUGUUGUUAGAACGAACCCAACACAACAUUACACAUUUCACACAGAUCUGGUCCAUUUUUUGUCACUGUCAACAGAACUAUCCCUUCUUUCACCACCGCCAGUGAUGAUAACUUGAAGAAAGAAUCAGAUAUGGAGGGUGAUCUUCAAAGGUCUCUAUCUUUGCGCCUAAAUCGUAGAGGAGAUCGAAGUAAUCAAAAUCCUGCUAAAGAUUUUGAGGUGGGUUUCUUUUCUUCGGGGAGGGUACCUCAAGAUUACCCCAUGAAGAUCGUUUGGAAGAAAGGGUUUGUUCGGUUGGUUCUUGUAGCAGGGAUCUUGUGGAUGUUAUUAAUUCUUCUUGCAUUGUUGUUCCAUAUAUGGUCUUGUCAAACUUCCGUCUCCUUUUUAUCAGCUAUGUGUAACAAAGAUAGCAAGGUUUACAACAUGUUAGGCAAUAUGGGACUGGUAUCAAAACCUCACAGAUGUCCAAUUCCUCUUUCCAAUGACCCUGAUAAAAUAGUUAUCCCAACUAGAAGAACUCCCAACGAAAUUCUAAAAAAUCUGUCGUAUGUUAUGGAAGAUGAGGUUCCACAUAGUGAAGCUCAGUCAUCUCCUCUAUUUGGAGGCCAUCCAAGUUGGAAACAAAGGGAGGAAAGUUUCAAACUAAAAUCAAAUAUGAAGGUGCAUUGUGGAUUCAUUCAAGGUGGUGGUGCUGAAAUGAAUCGUGUAGACAUCAAAUAUGUCAAGAAAUGCAAAUUUGUUGUUGCAUCUGGCAUUUUUGAUGGCUAUGAUUUACCUCAUCAACCAUCAAAUAUAAGCCUUCGCUCAAAGGAGCUUUUUUGCUUUCUUAUGGUGGUGGAUGAGGUAUCUCUGAAAUUCAUGAGGGAAAAUGGUACUGUCAAAGAAGACGGAGCUGGUGGAAAAUGGGUGGGAAUAUGGCGACUUGUUCUUCUUAAGCAUCCUCCUUAUGAUGAACCAAGAAGGAAUGGGAAAGUUCCCAAAAUUUUAACCCACAGGUUGUUCCCUCAAGCACAGUAUAGUAUUUGGAUUGAUGGUAAAAUGGAGCUGAUAGUAGAUCCAUUGCUAAUCCUUGAGAGAUAUCUGUGGCGAGGCAGGCAUACGUUUGCCAUUGCUCAACACAAGCAUCACCGUAGUAUAUAUGAGGAGGCUGAUUCAAACAAGAGGCGAAAGCGAUAUGCUCGACCCCUUAUUGAUCUCCACAUUAAAAUCUAUUAUUACGAGGGAAUGAAGCCAUGGAGUUCAAAUAAAAAGACCAAUAGUGAUGUACCAGAGGGAGCCAUCAUCAUUCGGGAACAUACUGCCAUAAAUAACUUAUUUAGCUGCUUGUGGUUCAAUGAGGUUCACCUCUUCACUCCCAGAGAUCAACUGAGUUUUGGCUAUGUUGCAUACAGAUUGGGGGACGCGUUUAAAUUCUUUAUGUUUCCCAACUGUGAAUACAAUUCACUGUUUGUGUUGCACCCUCACACAAGAGAGCACUCUUCUCCCAUAGAAUGGGUUAAACAGUUGGAUGAACUUAAGAAAGGCAAUUUAAGAGAAAGUAGGGGAGGACUAGGCUUGUUUACGCCUUAUCCUGGGGAUCUUGAUUCUGUUGUUCUGCCAAAUGUAACAAGAACAUCAAAAGCAGGCUGACAUUUUGAUUAUUGUUUUAACAUAUUCAUUUUGUUAUGUAUUUUUUUUCAAGAAUUUCUUGAUGUUUAUUUUGUUUAAUCUUAAUGAAAGUAAAGAUAAGGCGCCUUUAUAUUGAUGCACGAGCCUUUGAGACAUAA